AUAACUUUAAUCAUGUGCCACCUAAAUCUUUAUCAAUAAAGGAAAAGAUCUAAAUAUUUUAAGUUUCAAUUCAAGAAGCCUUAGCAUUAUAUAUUGUAGUACUUCAAAGAAUGUAAAAUCAUCAACUAUACAUUAUUUAGUUCAUGUAUUUUGUUUUCUUUUAGCCAAUUUGUUUGUAGCCAUGAAGUUGUUGAAUAUCCUUCUUGUUUUGUUCAUAGUUUGUUGUUUAUCAUGGCCAAGUAUGCAGCGCAAUUUAGAUACUUAUAUAGUUCAAGUUGAAUCUCCAGAAAAUCAAAUUUCAACUCAAUCAAUGUCAAUGGACUUAGAAAGUUGGUACAAUUCUUUUUUGCCAAAGACAAUCUCGAAUGAAGAGGAGGGGCCGCGUUUAGUAUAUUCAUAUCGCAAUGUGAUGAAAGGCUUUGCUGCUAGAUUAUCAGCAGAGCAAGUGAAAGAAAUGAAGAAAAAAUCAGGCUUUGUAAAUGCGUGGCCGGAGAGGAUAUUGUCUUUGCACACUACGCGUACUCCGAGUUUUCUUGGAUUGAAGCAGAACAUUGGCUUGUGGAAGAAUUCUAACUAUGGGAAAAGUGUGAUCAUCGGUGUCUUAGACACCGGGAUCACACCUGACCAUCCUUCAUUUAGCGACGAAGGAAUGCCUCCUCCGCCUGCUAAAUGGAAGGGUAAGUGUGAAUUGAACUUCACUACAAAGUGUAACAACAAGAUCAUUGGUGCGAGGACUUUCCCAAAAGAAAAUGGUUUACCAAUAGAUGAUGAUGGGCACGGUACUCACACCGCCAGCACUGCUGCUGGUGGUUUUGUGAGAGGUGCUAAUGUGUAUGGAAAUGCUAAUGGCACUGCUGUUGGUGUUGCCCCUCUUGCUCACUUGGCUAUUUAUAAGGCCUGUGACUCUUUUGGUUGCAUUGUAAGUAAUGUUUUAGCUGCAAUGGAUGCAGCUAUUGAUGAUGGCGUUGAUAUCAUAUCGCUUUCCCUUGGUGGAUAUACUAGUCCCUUCCAUAGUGAUCCUAUUGCUCUCGGUGCAUAUAGCGCAACUGAAAGAGGCAUUCUUGUGAGUUGCUCUGCAGGUAAUACUGGUCCAUCUAAAAGUUCUGUAUCAAACGAAGCCCCGUGGAUUCUCACAGUAGGCGCGAGCACUCUUGACAGGAAAAUUAAGGCAACAGUUCAGCUAGGAAACAAAAAAAUGUUUGAAGGUGAAUCAGCCUUUCAUCCAAAGGCUGUUAAUACAAAAUUCUUCCCUUUGUUUGUUCCUACACUAAAUGCUAGUGAGUUUCGCAGAUCUUAUUGCGGAUCAGGUACGUUGAGUGACCGUGAUGUUAAAGGAAAGAUAGUAUUGUGUAUGACAGGAGGCGAUUAUUCGAGAAUUGAAAAAGGACAAACUGUUAAGGAUGCUGGAGGUGUUGGCAUGAUUCUAAUAAACGGGGCUGAAGAUGGUUUCACUACAUCAGCUACCGCUCACGUCCUUCCAGCAAUGGAUGUAACUUAUGCAGACGGAAUGAAAAUCAUUGAAUAUAUGAAUUCAACGAAGAAACCUGUUGCUCGGAUUACAUUCCAAGGAACUAUACUCGGUGAUCAAAAUGCUCCGGCUGUUGCUGCAUUUUCUUCCAGAGGGCCAAGCAUAGCUAGUCGCGGAAUCUUAAAGCCUGAUAUUAUCGGUCCUGGUGUAAACAUUCUUGCUGCUUGGCCUACCUCCAUGGAGAAUAACACCAACACAAAAUCUACUUUCAACAUUAUUUCGGGAACUUCCAUGUCUUGUCCUCACCUCAGUGGCGUGGCAGCAUUGCUAAAAAGCGCUCAUCCCACUUGGUCUCCUGCAGCUAUAAAAUCAGCAAUCAUGACAACCGCUGAUACAACCAAUCUUGCCAACGGUCCCAUAUUAGAUGAGACACUUCUUCCUGCUAGCAUCUUCGCGGUUGGUGCAGGACAUGUCAAUCCAGAAAGAGCAAAUGAUCCAGGAUUAAUUUAUGAUACCCCAGUCAAGGACUAUGUACCUUAUUUAUGCGGUUUGAAUUACACAAAUCGAGAGGUUGGAAACCUUCUACAACAUAAGGUGGAUUGCUCGGAAGUGAAAAGCAUUCCUGAAGCACAACUAAACUAUCCUUCAUUUUCCAUCACACUCAGAGAAAAUCCUCAAACAUAUACAAGAACAGUGACUAAUGUUGGGGAGGCUAAAUCAUCUUACAUUGUGGAAAUAGUUUCACCACAAGGAGUUUCCGUGUCUGUUAAGCCCUCUACUCUGAAGUUCUCGAAGAUGAACCAGAAAAAGACAUAUCGAGUAACUUUUUCAAGAACAGACAAUAGUUCAACUAGUGGUGUAGUUCAAGGAUUCUUGAAAUGGACUAGUAAUAGGCACUCUGGAAGAAGUCCAAUUGCAAUCGUUCUAUAAGAAACUGCAAUGUUUGAUUUCUAGUCUCGUUUUGUUUUAAAAAGUCAUGAUUUGUUCAAUGUAAUAAGCCUACAUUCAUUGUUUGAAUCCAAAAUGUAGAAUGAAUGCAGAAAGUACUCAUGAUGGAUUUAGAGAGCUCA